ACAUUUCUACAAGUAUAAGAGACAAAUUUUACAUGAUUCUAAGUUAGAAAUAGUGUGUCGAGUGCAUAAUUGAUUUGUUAAGACCUCAUGAUUCGUAUAACUGAGCCAGUGAGAAAAAGCAUUUUAGACGUGGUGCGACGCAAUCUUCGCGCUGCAGGUUGUAAAAUGGAGGGUAUUAUACAUGAGUUAUGCAUGGAUUACAGCGACAUGCCCAUCACAGGAUUAUUCCUUGUUUAUCCGACCUGCUACGUGCACGUGUUAGAGGCAUGGGAGGACAUUAUUUAUAAGCACUAUGAGCUUAUGUAUGCCACGAAAAAUGAUGAAUGUAAAUUCGGGAAAGCGAUUCCUCUGCCUUCGUAUCAUCACGUGUAUCAAAGAUUUUUCACGGGAUGGUGCCACGUCUAUAUGAUACCACCUACGUUAUUAGAGAUGUUGGAAGACCACACGUUGGCCGGUAUCCAGAAGCAUGUUUUCAACUGCUUAAUAAAGGUGUACGCGUUAUGCGAAUAUGUAUCAAACACGGUGCGGGAAAAGUCGAUCAGCGUUCAGCACGUGUUGCACCAGUUGGAAGGCCCAAGAGCGGCCCAAUAUCUACCGGAAAGCACGGUCUUCGAGUUUCUCUUGAACGUGAAAUCGCCUGUCAUCAAAACGAUCCAGGAACACUCGCUGAUGUAUUCGGACAUGUCGCCGAGCGCAUUUUGGGACGGUAAGGAUUACGCCUAUAACAAUCUAUUUAAUCUAUUUAUCUUUUGAGAAACAGCAAACGUAAUAUGAAGCAACGUGUUAUGCUAAUUAUCAUGCAUCAAUAGAAUCAACCGCCAACCGAUGAGAAUCGUCGCUUCUCGCAAGGAUCGAAGUUGAAGCGGGUCAAUGAUGCACAGAUCGCGUGAAUAAAAAUGAUUAUUUAUUUCAGAAUAUUUACAAUAUCAAAAAAACGUUCUGAGGGUACAUGAGACUCGUGUGUGUGUAUGUCGGAGACAGUCCUAUGAACUAAGUACAUGUACAAACUUCAAUGCAGUAUCUCGCGCAAGCGGCGGCUGGUCAGAUCCGGUCACGUUUACUUACGAUACACAGGCAAUCAUGGGACAGAGUGCUGUGAUGUACUUUUAUCCUGAAAGAUGCGAUAUUUUUCAGCGGUCCGUCUGAGUUUCAAUUUCAUAUACCCGGAUCGGCAUGCGACACGCGUCAAUCGAAGCAUUGCGGCUUCGCUGAAUCGACUUUGCGCGCGUAUCACUCGCGCGAUUGAAGGAAAUCUCGAUUUGUCAUUUUGAUCGUUUAACGGCCAGCUGACAAACACUGUUUGGUCAUUUUUCAGAUAAUAAUGUGUGGCCACCGCCGUGCGAUAUCAUGCCUCACGAUGUCUUCGACGAGCACGGCCACCGGAAGGUUCCGCACAACGAAAACUCGAAGAAGAAGAAGGAGGAGACCGACAGUCUCCACCAGUAAAAACGGUGGAAAACGGUGAGAGAACAACAUCCUUCUGGAAAUUCGUCGGAUGCGAAUUAAUCAAGCGGGAUAUAAUGAACGUGUCUCAAGAACGCAGCUGUAUUCUCCGUUAGAAAAGAAUCCAUUUCCGUUUAUUAAAAAGUUGACACCACGA